AUGGGUCGUAAGUUGAUGUCAUUCCCAAUUUGUCUGUAUGGUGAGUAUGAUAAGUACGGUACCAGUGGUUGUCUGAUUCGGGAAUACCUUCCUACCCUCCUCUUUUUUGGUGCUUAUCCACGAAUGACCGAAUAUGACCCCCCUGCACCCUCGAUUACUCAACGCGCCGCUACACUAAGGAAAGCGAUGGCAGAGAGAUGCACUCAAUACCGUAACGGUCCCGCGUCAACAGCCAUGCAACUAUUACCAAUAAAUUCAAAUGUGAUCGUAUGGCGUGAAGGAAAUACGGAGUCACAAGAGGAAAUUGAUCAUGGAGACGAUUCGGUGCAUGACAAUAACAGGCCUGAAUUGCCUACAGCCACAAAUUCGACGUCACCACAAACUUCACCUCAUAUCGAAGAAAUACAGUCAGGCACGCCUACAUCUCAACCGGAGCCUGUACGACGCCCUCAACGAAAUCGACAAUUACCGGCUCGGUAUCGAGAUGACAUUUUACACUCGACAUUUGCCCAAUUUGACCAGUCGAGGAAGAAGGAGAUCAACGGCCUAUUAGAAAACGGUGUGUUCGAAGUUGUCAGGAUGGAAGACGUGCCAAAAGGAACCUGUAUCUUCAACUCACGAUUUGUCGAUGAAAUUAAGAAUCUAGGAACUGACAAAGCCUUUGAAAAUCACGACUUGUUGUACAAGUGUAUAACGAUGAAGAAAAAGAUAUCCCAACGGCUACUUCUUUGCCUUGCAGUCUGUGUAGCUGGCACGAUUCUAUUCAUACGAGACGUCAUGCAGGUGUAUGUACAGUCAACUACGCAUCUAAUUCGUGAUUUCUACAUUUAUCCACCUCCCGAACUUGCAGAUGCCUUACCUGAGGGCACUAUCUUGAAAGUCGUUAAACCCUUAUACGGUAUUCCCGAAUCAGACAACCACUGGUACCGUACUUAUCAUACUCACCAUACAGACAAAUUGGGAAUGACAUCAACUUACGACCCAUGCCUCUUACACUGCACCAAACCGGCACAAGGAUUUGGAAUCACUGGCAUGCAGACCGACGACACUCUAAUUCUCGCAGAUGACAAGUUCGUAAAACGGGAAAAGGAUGAGAUAAAAUGUGCAGGCAUUCUUUGCAAGCCCCGAGAGUGCUCGACACCUACGAACCCAUUAAAGUACAAUGGUGGUCUGAUUUCGGAGAACGCCCAGGGAAUGUUGGUUUACCUUCAUUAG